AUGUUGUCAUCAAUCACCCUGGCAAGGAAAUCCCAGUCGUUCGUCGUGCCGGCCGCGCCGGCGUCGGGAGAGACGCUGGAGCUGUCCGCCAUCGACCACGUGCCCGGGCUGCGCCACACCGUGCGGUCUCUGCACGUGUUCCGGCGCAACGGCGACCGCAGCGCCGACGGCGCCAGGCCGGCCGAGGUGAUCCGCGCCGCGCUGUCGCGCGCGCUGGUGGAGUACCCCGCGUUCGCCGGCCGCUUCGUGGGCUCGGUGGCGGCUGGCGAGGCCUGCGUUGCGUGCACCGGCGACGGCGCUUGGUUCGUUGAGGCCGCCGCCGGCUGCAGCCUGGAGGACGUGAACGGCCUGGACUACCCGCUCAUGGUCUGCGAGGAGGAGCUGCUGCCCGCUCCGGAGGAAGGUGUUGAUCCUACCACUAUUCCGGUCAUGAUGCAGGUGACCGAAUUCACUUGUGGAGGAUUUGUUGUGGGCUUGGUAGCGGUCCACACCCUCGCAGACGGGCUUGGUGCUGCACAAUUCAUCAAUGCAAUUGCUGAGUUAGCGCGUGGCCUGGACAGGCCUACGGUGGCUCCUGUAUGGGCUCGGGCUGUAAUCCCGAACCCACCCAAGUUACCUCAGGGGCCACCACCAUCAUUCCAGUCAUUCGGCUUCCAGCAUUUCGCCACAGAUGUCAGCGCGGACUGUAUCGCCCAUGUCAAGGCCGAAUACUUCCAGGUAAUGGGUCAGUACUGCUCAACUUUCGAUGUCGCCAUUGCAAAGGUUUGGCAAGCUCGAACUCGGGCCAUCAAGUACAGUCCAGAAGCCGAGGUCAAAAUAUGCUUCUUCGCAAACACCAGACACCUUCUCACACAUGUUCUCCCAAAGGAUGGGGGCUUCUAUGGCAACUGCUUCUACCCGGUUACCGUGACGUCUACAGCGAAGGAUGUUGCCACGGCGGGGCUGCUUGGUGUGAUCAGGAUGAUUAGGGACGGGAAGGCAAGGCUAACUUUGGAGUUUGCCAAGUGGGCAUCAGGGGAUGUGAAGAUUGAUCCAUACCAGUUGACGUUCGAGCACAAUGUGCUAUUUGUCUCGGACUGGACAAGGCUUGGAUUCUUUGAGGUCGACUAUGGGUGGGGCGCCCCUAGCCAUAUCAUACCAUUCAACUACGCACAUUACAUGGCGGUCGCGGUGCUUGGUGCUCCACCAAUGCAGAAGAAGGGCACCCGGGUUAUGACCCAGUGUGUGGAGGAAAAGCAUCUCAAUGAGUUCAGGAAUGAGAUGAAGGGUUUCUUUUAA